AUGGAAAGAAAGAAUUCAAUGGAGUUAGAAGGAGAAGUAGAUCUCACUCUCUCACUCAGGUGUGGUGGAUCAGAAGAAACAACAUCGUCUUUCUUUUUCCUAGGAUCAGAGAAACCAACAAUACCUUUCCUUUUCCUAGGAUCAGAGGAAACAACACCUUUUCUUUUCCUAGAAGACUCUUUUCAAUCAAACCUACCUUCAAUGCAAACAGAUUUUCCUAAUCUUGAUCUUAGUCUUAACCUAAACCCUAACCCUAAUUCUUCUUUGGCGUCAUUUUCCAACGACAGCAACACCUAUCUUUCGUUAGCAUCUUGCAACCACAAAGCCAACCCUCCAAACGCACCUGCUAAAGCGACCGAAAAUGUUUCCUCAGUAAAUUAUUUUCAAACAAAAUUACCCUUACUCCAAACAUUUUGUUCUGAUCCUAACUUUAACUUUAAUCCUUCUUUGGAGUCACUUUCCGGCAACAACAAAACCAACCUUUCGUCGGCAUCUUGCAACGACAACACCAACCCUCCAAAUGCACCUGCUGAAGCGGCAAAAAAUGUUUCCACAGUUAGACGCUCUUUGGGUAAGUCUCGUCGGAUUUCACGUGCUCAACGGAGCAAAGGAAGGAGCGAAAUUGUUCCUGCGUUGUUUCCUUGGGCGAAGAAUCAGCGAGCCAGCGUCCACAGUAAGGAAUAUCUAUUGGAGAAUAAUAUCAACACCAUCAAAGGAAAGGUUCACUGCAAGAGGUGCGAGCAUGAAUUCGAGUUGAGUCUGAAUUUGGAAGAGAAAUUGAACGACUUAUGUCAAUUUAUUAGCAAAGGAAAACAUAGGUGGCAUAAUAGAGCUCCACAUGUUUGGACGAGUCCGGUGUUCCCAAAAUGCCCUAUUUGCGGAAGAGAAAGCAGCAGCAGACCCAUCCUUGCCAAAAACAAAAAGGAGAUAAAUUGGUUGUUUUUAUUGCUUAGCCAGAUGCUUGGUUGCUGCACACUUAAUCAUCUCAAAUAUUUCUGCAAGCACAAUGAGGUCCAUCGAACUGCUGCCAAAGAUCGUCUUCUUUAUGAUACCUAUAAGAGCCUAGUCAAUCAGCUCGUACCUGGUUUUUUUGUUUGA